CGCUCCCCUCCGAGGCCCCGGUGGGAACGUGUCUCUCGCCGGGAUGUUGCGCGCAGUUCGCACAGAUCCGUUGACGGCUGGUGGACCUCGAGUCUGACCUCUCACCCACGGAAGCCAUCUCCAUAGCAACCCCCACCACGGUCCAACCCGCAGCGGAUUGUAAAUUCCUGUAGAACGAGAGAGAAAGAGGUCCCAGCACGACCGAAAGAGUGUCGGGCAAAGGGAGGAAGAGCGAGCGGCUGAGGCAAUGCGCGAAUUUUAAACUCCCCUCCUUUCCCCCCCACCUUCAUAGGCGACUGAUGAUGGCAGGACUAGGACAUGAUCAGAAAUCUCCGCGCCAGUAGUGCAACACUCGGCCUAGUCCCUUCGGGCCGGACACUUGAGCUGAAUUAGGACUCGCCCCCCCUCGCGCUGAGCUCGGGAGCACUCAGCCCCCCCGCGUGCGCAGAGACGCCGCUCCGCUCCGGGAGGAAGCUGUCUUCGCUCGUUCACUCACACCAGAGAGCUGUUUCCACCGCGCGAGUCCCAGCGGCACCAUCGAGGAGUUUUUAACGCGGCAGCAGUUUUACGAAGAUGAUCGUCCAGGCCGUAAUGCGCGCGGGCGCAGGGUUGGUGGGGGUAUGUCUGGUGCUCUUUGUCCAGCUGCCUGCUCGCGCUUCAGCCAGCCGAACCCCCCCGCAAGAUGUGGACGAGUGUGCCAAGUCGCUGGAUAACUGCAGCAUUGAUGCCAUCUGCCAGAACACUCCCAGGUCUUACAAAUGCAUCUGCAAGUCAGGCUACAAGGGCGACGGCAAACACUGUGAAGACAUAGACGAGUGUGUGGGAGAGUACACGGGUGGCUGUGUGCACGACUGCAUCAACAUCCCCGGCAACUACAGAUGCACCUGCUACGACGGCUUCCGCCUGGCCCACGAUGGACACAACUGCUUAGUGUUAAGUGGUAAGGAGGGGGCCACCUGUAUGGAUAAGCACCAUGGCUGUGCACACAUCUGCCGUGAGACGCCAAAGGGUGGCAUCGCCUGUGAGUGUCGCCCUGGAUUCCACCUCACCAAGAACCAGCGGGACUGCAAGUUGACGUGUAAGUACGGGAACGGUGGCUGCCAGCACAUCUGUGAGGAGGCGGAUCAAGGACCCCGGUGUGCCUGUCACCUCAAGUUCGCUCUGCACAACGACGGCAAGACCUGUGUCGAGACGUGUGCGGUGAAUAACGGAGGUUGUGACAGCACGUGUCACGAUGCCAUGGCUGGGGUCCGCUGCAGCUGUCCUGUUGGUUUCACCCUGCAGCCUGACCGCAAGACCUGCAAAGACAUAGACGAGUGUGGCCAGUCUAACGGGGGCUGUGACCACGUGUGCAGGAACACAGUUGGCAGCUUUGAGUGCAGCUGCAAGAAGGGCUACAAGCUGCUGACCAAUGAGAGGACCUGUCAAGAUAUUGAUGAGUGUUCAUAUGACCGUGCGUGCGAACACUCCUGUGUCAACUCUCCUGGCAGCUUCCAGUGUCUCUGUAACAAAGGCUACGUUCUGUACGGAGGGGCCCAUUGUGGAGAUAUCGAUGAAUGCAGCAUUAAUCGUGGAGGCUGCAAGGUCGGCUGUGUGAACACCUUGGGCAGCUAUGAGUGUACCUGUAACCCCGGCUCUAAGCUGCACUGGAACAAGAAAGACUGCAUCGAAGUGGUGAAAUGUGUCUCUGGUGCAGUGCAGCCCAAAGCAACCCUCAUCUGCAGCAAGUCUGGAAACAAGGAGAGCUGUGCACUCACCUGUGCAUCAAAGGCACAUUAUCUGGCAGAGUCGGAGAACAGCUACAGCCUGAGCUGUGGGGUACCUGUACUGAGAGGGAAGAGCCAGUCACGUCUCAACACCAGCACACAAGGCUGCAUAGAGACUCUGGCCCCUCCGGUGAAGCAGACGGCCUCUUUCAAGAUCAAAGACGCCAAGUGCCACCUGCACCCCAAACUCCGAGGGAGGGCUACAGACGAUGGGGGCCGCAUGCCAGGGCCAGGUGAUCAGCCAUGCAAAAACUGCCAGGUGACCUUUGUGAACCUGAAGUGUGACUCCUCCAAAAAGGCCAGAGGUCGAAGGGCACGCAACUCUAGCAGAGAAGUCACACGCAUCACACUGGAGUUGGAGGCAGAGGUCAAACCUGGAGACAUUACAGGAAGCUGUAACUUGAGCUGCCAGCGUCAGCUUGCAGAGCGGAACAUGAAAGCCUAUAUGAAGUCCCUGCGUAAGUCCAUCAACCAGGAGCGCUUCCUGCUGCGCGUGGCCGACCUGGACUACCAGCUGGCCCAGAAGCUCCCGCAGCCCAGCAAGCAUGACCACUGCGGCCCAGGACGGGAGAAGGACAAAGGCAGCUGUGUCAGAUGUCCGUCGGGCUCCUACUACCAUGGGGGGCAGGAGCGCUGUGUCCAGUGUUCUCCCGGAACGUUCCAGGAGCGAGAGGGCCAGCUGGCCUGUGACCCUUGCCCCGGAAGUGAACGACACGGUCCCGCUGGAGCUCGCAACAUCACCUCCUGUGCAAGUCAGUGCGCGGCGGGCUCGGUCUCGAGCGACGGCUUUAAGCCGUGCCACCUGUGCCCGCUGGGCUCCUACCAGCCCGAGGCUGGACGCACAUUCUGCCACCCCUGCGGGGGAGGACUGGGCACCAGGAGGGAGGGGGCCACCUCCUUUAUCGACUGUGAGGUCAAAGUGACAUGUUCCCCUGGUCAUUUCUACAACACUGGGUCCCAUCGUUGCAUGCGCUGCCCCAUCGGAACCUACCAGACGGAGUUCCGCCAGAACCACUGCAUCAACUGCCCCGGAAACACCACCACCGACUUUGAUGGGGCCACCAGCGUCUCGCAGUGCAAGAAUAGGGAGUGUGGUGGGGAGAUCAGGGGCAAUAUCGGCUACAUUGAGUCGCCCAACUACCCUGGGAACUACCCCGCCAACAUCGAGUGCACGUGGAACAUCAACCCCCCUCACCGACGCAAGAUCCUGGUGGUGGUGCCCGAGAUCUUCCUGCCCUCCGAGGACGAGUGUGGAGAUGUGCUCGUCAUGCGCAAGAACGCAUCGGCCAACUCCAUCACCACCUAUGAGACGUGCCAGACGUACGAGCGGCCCAUCGCCUUCACCGCGCGCUCACGCCGCCUUUGGAUCAACUUCAAAUCCAACGAGGUCAACAGCGCCCGCGGAUUCCACAUCCCCUACGUCACCUAUGAUGAGGAUUAUGAGAAGCUGGUGGAGGACAUUGUUCGAGACGGGAGGCUCUACGCCUCCGAGAACCACCAAGAGAUCCUCAAGGAUAAGAAGCUGAUAAACAUGCUGUUUGAGGUGCUGGCCAACCCCAAUAACUACUACAACUACUCGCGGAGUAACUCCAAAGAGAUGCUGCCGCGCUCCUUCAUCCGCCUCAUCAGCAGUAAAGUCUACGACAUCCUGCGGCCCUACAAGUAGUCCCCGCCUCUCAGCCAGCAGCAGCCAAUCACCUGUCCCGCUCCUGUUGCCAGGCAACACCCUCCAGUCCCCCAACGCAAUGUCUUCUUUUUUUGUUGCUUUCCCUCUGAAUUCUUUUGACGUCUUCAAGUACACUCCCCCCCCCCCCCAAA